CAGCGAACGCGAUGACCAUAGUCGUGUCAUCCGGUGCUUCAUCACCGCCUGUGGGAUCAGCGAGUGCACCACCGAGCGCCGCGUAGGAUCCGAACAGGACGAGAAAGCUCGUCGUUCCUGAGUAAUCCUCACUCGAUAUGCUUCCCCAGCGCCCCGAGUAAGAAGCCCGCGCAGCUCUCUUGACCGCAAACGCGUCGACGAUGAACGGAACCGCGGCCACGGGCUCGGCUUCCUGCCGCUUCGCCCACUAUUUCGUGGUGUGUGGAGUGGACACAGAGACGGGCCUGGAGCUGGAUCCUGGAGCAGGUGAGGGGUUUGAACAGAGCCCCAUCCGACGGUCCUUCAAGUCGAGCGUUUUGGUGCAUUACCCUGAAAACACCGAGAGAAACCCGUUCAAUAAAGAUGCUGUCAAUAUGCUCUGCAUGCCGAGGGGCCUCUCCUUCCGCACUCAAGCUGACAGUCUGGACUCAAAGUUUCACUCCUUCACUGUUGGAUUUGACGACGGAAGCCGCUCGUACGGCUUUGUCCACACCUACUACGAGGAGGUGACCAGUCCUCAGAUCAUCACAGCCAUGCGGACUCUCUGCCAGAUGCACCAUGUGGAACAUCACUCCUCCUCUGCCUCCUCCUCCUCGCCGUCCUCCUCCUCCUCUGCUUCUUCGGCCUCCUCACCCUCGACCUCCAGCAUGGACUCGCUUGCGAGCAGCCUGGACGAGUCGGAUGCUGAGUCUGUGGGUUCCGCCUGCCUGGGGUGUGCAAGCACCUUUGACCCCACGCAUGACACGCUCUUCGUGUCCAAAGCCCUCUGUCUCCUCACUCCCCUGCCGUUUCUUCAAGCUGCUCGGGAGUUUUUGUCUCAGCUCCAUCAGGCUGUGACGUCGCAGUCUGCCCCACCCCUUCCUCUGGAGAGCUACAUCCACAACAUCCUGUACGAGGUGCCCUUGCCUCCACCUGGACGGUCAUUGAGGUUUCAUGGUGUUCAGGGACCUAUUUUGUGCCAGCGACCUGGACCAGGGGAGCUCCCGCUUGGGGAGUUCCCUCUUGGAGAAGCCUUCUCUCUGCUCGGUGUGGACAAUAUGGUCCAGCUACUCACCUGUGCUCUUCUGGAGACACAGAUCCUGCUCUGCUCUCAUGACUACCAGCGUUUGAUGACUGUGGCAGAGGGGGUCACCACCCUGCUGUUCCCUUUUCAAUGGCAACACAUCUACCUACCGAUCAUCUCUGCCCCUCUUCACCACCUCCUGGAAGCCCCCGUGCCAUUUUUUAUAGGUAUUCAGCGCAGAGACGGCUCUCAGAGGUCUGCUCUGCAUUUACCACAUGAGGCCAACCUGUGUCUUGUGGAUAUUGACAACCACUGUGUGGAGGCUCCGGAGGGUCUGCCAAUGUUUCCAGACAAGACAGAGUUGAUCCAAGAACUGAGCGAGAUCCUGUUAUGUUUUGGGAUCCCUCCAACCGGAGGCGAGGUCACCAAGUCUGACAUUGCACCACCUCCGCUAAACAGCCUGGUCCUGGAGGAUUUGAUGGAGGAUCGAAGGAACGGGAACCUGGGCGGCGAGGAGUUGGCCGUGCUGGAGAGGCUGCAGGCUUUAGCUCGCAGGUGUGGCGGGAAGACGCCGGCUGGAGAGAAGACGUCGGGACACGUCCUGGAAGAGGAGGGCAACCUUCGGGCUGCCAAGUUGAACAUCCAGCUGAGGGAGGUGUUUGCCGGUCGCUUUGCUGCCAUGUUCGGCAGGUACGAGGACUUUGUGAUUCACAGCGCUCUGGAUUUAGACUCCUGGCUGAGCAACCGAGAAGGGACCUUCAACUUCGACAAGGGCUCCUUCCUGUCAGCGCAGCCGGCUGCCCACUUGCUCUUCUUGUCGCGGUUCCUGGAGACCUCCAUGUUCUCUUCUUUUGUUGACGGGAAGGUGAUCGCUCGCUGGGCCGACAGAGAGCCCAUGCAGCAGCUUUUCGACAGCCGCCUGGAGAGAGAACGGCUGUACGAAGCGGAGGAGGAUGAUUCUGGCAGAAGCAACUACAAGAAAUGCACCAUGCUCUCUGAGUCAGCUCAAGCCAUCGAGCACAGACUGCUGAAGGCCGACCACACCGCCAUCCAUCCUCACCUGCUGGACAUGAAGAUCGGCCAAGGUCGUCACCAGCCGGGAUACUUCCCGAAGCUGCAGGCUGACGUGCUCGUUCAAGGACAGAACACUAACAAGAGGUCAAGCCGUGUCACAGCAUCACGCAGAACUGAUCCCAAAAUGUUGAUGUCAGCUGAGUCCACAGGAGCAGAGAGUGAUCAGAGACAGAAGCAUGCACUGGCGAGGAAGAACCUCCGUCAGAUGAAGCUGCUUGACCCGUCGCCUCAAGUGGUCGCGCAGACUCACCGGGACUUUGUUCAUGGGCUGCUGAAUGAGUGUCGCCUCAAGACCAAAAGGAUGCUGAUGGAAAGGAUGGGGAAGGAGAGUGUGGAACCAGGUCAGGGAGAAGCCAACAUCACCGGCCUGCAGGAAAGCACACUCAUCUACGGUCUGUGUGACCUACUGGAGAGAACCUGGGGCCAUGGGCUGCAGCUGAAGCAGGGCAAGUCUGCACUCUGGUCGCAUCUGCUUCACUACCAAGCCGCUCAGGUGAAGGUUGAGCUGCCACCUGAGUCUCCAGGGCCUGAGCCAGGGACGCCAGAUGAGGGCGCCUUCCUCCUCCGUGGAUCUCUCAUUAAAGAUAUGAGGUUCAUCCAGACCAUGAGUGAGGGCCUGUCAGAGGUGGGACAGGCUCAUGCCUGGAUCUCACUGGCCCUGGAGAAGAAGAUGCUUUCACAGCACCUCAAAGAGCUGCUCACAAACCAGGAACUGCUCAGGCAACUCUAUAAACCCCAUGCAUUCCUGCUCUGCGAGGAAGAACGUGAGCAGUUUUUAUUCCACCUGCUGUCGCUCAACACUGUGGACUACCUGUGUUUCACCAGAACCUUCUCCUCCAUCAGUAUUCCCUACCGCAUUGUGAUAAUACCCAUGAAGAAGCUGAGCAUAGCAAUGGCAACAGUGAACCCUUGGGUGUGUGUGUCAGGAGACAUGGGGGAUUCGGGCGUUAAACACAUCCCUAAAAAUACACAGGAGAUUUUCUUUCAGUGUACAAAUCUUGGGCGGCUGAGUACCCUGCAGCUGGGGCAGGAAAACUCUGGGCUUCUGGCUAAAUGUCUGAUCGACUGUGUGAUGGUCUACAAUGAGAUCACUGGACACACCUAUAAGUUCCCAUGUGGACGUUGGCUCGGCAAAGGCGUGGGUGAUGGCAGUUUGGAGCGAGUGCUAAUCGGUCAGCUUGUUUCCCCUGGUGGGGAGGAGGAUGCUGGAAGAUGGACAGGAACGCCUCCAGAGUUGACCUCACCUUCUCAGAGUGUCCGCGCCGUGCUGGGCUCCCUUAGCAACCGGAGUCGUGUGUUGUCCGGGGAAGUCCAUGAAGAUAUGAGGGAGGCGGCAAACAACCUUGUGAAGCACUUCCACAAACCUGAGCAGGAGAGGGGAAACCUGACAGUCUUGUUAUGUGGUGAAGGAGGUCUGGUCCUGUCUCUGGAGAAGUUCCUCCUCCAUGGGUUGAAGCCCAACCGGCUGUUCCAAAGAAACGUGUUUGUCUGGGAUUUUGUAGAAAAGGCUGUGGUUUCCGUGGAAACGGCUGAACAAAUUGGGGACCUACAUGGAGCAGAACUUAUGAAGAAUCCUCCUUGCCAGUUGCUGUGUCAUUACGUCAACUCCAUCAAUGCAUGUCCCCGCAACAUAGGGAAGGAGGGGAAGUUUCAGCUGUUUGUCUGCUUGGGAGUGAGGGACCGCCUGCUCUCUCAAUGGCUCCCCCUCCUGGCUGAGUGUUCUCUGACAGCACGGACGUACGAGGAGGGGGCUCUGCUGCGGGACCGUGCCGCAGUUCACUCCCUCUCACGCAUCCUUCACACGCUCAACGAGUUCACCGUCACACUGGAGACUGCACUUGUUAAAGGCGUGGAACUCUGACCCAAAUGGACUGCCACUGCGAGGUGUUGCCUCCUGAAAACAAGAGACACUGAGAAACGUGACUGGAGAUGAGCAACGAACUGGAAGAAGUCACUGGAAGGCCAUGGACGACUCCGGCUCCAAUCAUAUUGCCUUGUUCUCGGAUGGAAACGGACUUCAGGAACUGAUCUGAUUCGAGUGUUUACACUGUGAAACUCUGCUUGGUUGCAGAUAGGAAGUCAUUAUUGCACAUCUGCAUCCGAUACUUUGGCUUCUGAUAUCAGUUACCGUACCUGACUCUUACAGUACAACCUCCUGUUUUAUUGCUCGCACUUCAAUUUUAAUCUAGUCACAUGCAUGGCCAAAUGUUUUGCAGCUCUCCUCUGAAUUUAUUCAACUGUAUGUAUCCAAUGGUUGAUAUAAAAUGUAGUGUUCUCUAUCAUAAGUUAAUAUGGAUCUCUUAAGCUGUGUAACAUUUGGAUAGACUCCCUCCUGUCUCAUUCACCUUUCAUUUGCACUGAAGUGUGUUGGUGAUUCAAGAAACCAAAAUAGUACCCAAUUGUGUCAUGUUAACUAGUGGGAACCAUUGUACAUAUUUCUGCUUCAUAGUUCAAACAUAGGUGGUGUUAUGAAUUUGUGGCAUUAUCUUCUGUUAAAAAAAAAAAAGUACCUUGUUUUCGUCGAGAAUGGACUCGACUAUAUUUAAGAUUCUGCGCUGUUCCUCUCUGAAAUAUUCAUAUGCAACAUAGACUGCGUGAUGUUUUUUUUUUCAUGGUUGAAUUAAGAUUUUUGCUGUCCUGCACUGUCCUACAAGCACUACAAAAUCACCACCACGACCAAGUUAACUAACAGUUAGAGAAGGCAAUAACGAACUGUUAUUUAUGGUAUGUGCUGUCAAAGAUUAAAAUUAUUAUUUAAAUCAUUAA